AUGAAACUAGUAGAAAGCCAACAGGAUUUUGACACAUGGCUCUGUGAAGUCAAAAGUUAUGAAUACCUCAUCGUUGAUACGAAAUACCGAUUAAAAAUAUUAAUCAAAAUGUCUUCAGAUUAUGAAAUAAUAGCGUUGUUAUCAGCAAUUUUAAAAUAUUUCCAUCAAAUCGGUGGACCAAUUUUAAUGAUUAUCGGAAGUGUUAGUUAGGUGCAAUCACAGCAAAAAUCACUCGGGGGGACCGAUGAACGUGUUCAAACGAGAGGUGUUCAUUAUAGAGAGGUGUUCAUUAAGGGAGGUUUCACUGUAUUUACAUAUUUUGAACAAAACAACUUUCAAGCUAAUAAAUCAGCAGAAUCUGCCGAUAUUCUUGUAUUAGCAAGUCAUCAUCGUAGUCGACAAUACGCGAUUGAUUUCCAUAGGUCCACGAAAAAUUAUUUUUAUCCUGGUAUUAAAUAUAAAAUACACCGGGAUAAAACUAAUUUUUCGUGGACCCCUCUUGAUUUCCGUUUUAAUGAUAAUCGAAUUGGAACAUAUUUUAAACGUAAUGGAAAUCGAGCAGUUUUAACAAUGGAAAAUAAUAAUAUCGAUUUUAAUAGAAGACUCACAUUUGAUUUAACUCAAGAUGUUCAAUUGGACAACGGAGAACUCAAAUUUAAUGACGAACAAAAUGUGAAGAAAUUGUUGAGUGAUUUAAUUACACACAUAAAUAUGCUGAUCAAUAAUACUUCUUCAUCAAUGCAAUUAACUUCUCAUGAGCAAAAUGUACCUGAUUCACGUGAUGAUUGCAAGAAAAUGGAAUGUACUAACGGACUGUCAUCUGAAAAGAACUCUGCGACAGAAAAUACACAUCUCUGUCAAAUCAAUCUAUACUCUGAUCAACGACAAACUGAAGAUGAUCCUUUCGACAUAUUAUUUCAAUCGAUACAUGACGUUUUGAACAGUCAACCAGGACCAAUUCCAUCCACUAGUCCAAUACAUGUCUCGAUUUUAAACGAAUUAACAGGUGGACCAUUGGAUAAUUCUAUUUUUAGUCAAGCAUCAUUACAUGAUGAAUAUGGCCAUGGAGAACCAACAUUGGAUUAA